AUGGAUUUUCUGCAGGAACUCCCUGAACAAAUAUUUCGAGACAUCUUAUUGAGAGUGUCAUACGAAUCUCAACCAAAGAUUAAAGAGUUGUUGAAACCUGCUAAAGAAAUGAUGGAAUCUUCCGAGUUCUACGAAGAUAGAAUUAAGUUUGGUUUGGCUAACAAAUAUAUUUGCUUGCUUCAGCAUGCUGCGAUAUCUAUAUACGAUCCAGUUGAUCAAUCAAAAAUAAUGUACACUCGUAUUCUCCCUGGUUUUCAAAUCUCAAAUUUUUCUCACAUUCUGUGUGUUAAAAAUAAGCUUGUUUUGCUGGGCCUGCAAUUUAAUUGGAAUUAUACUUCAGCAAUUUUGAUAUAUGAUUUAUUAUCUAAUACAUGGAAGCAAGGUGCUCAAAUUCCAAUUGGUCAAAGCAUACAUGAUUUCGCAUGUUGUGCCUCACCUGAAGGAUUUAUUUACAUUGCAGGAGGGUAUGUCAAGUUUAGUAGUUUCAGUUAUAGUCGUGCCAAUUUUAGUCGUAAAGCAGCAGUAUAUAAAGUAGAUAAAGACGAGUGGGAGCUUCUUCCUGACAUGCACUAUGAAAUGACCGAUUGUGGGGGUGUCUUUUAUGAAGGAAUGUUUUAUGUCAUUAGUCGUAACAAUAGAACUCAAAGAUUUGAUCCCAACACAAGAGUAUGGACAAUACUUAAUUUGUCUUCUCCAAUUCCACAGUCCGUCCAUGCUAUGUUUGGACGACUAAUUGCAGUUAUGUACAAUAGAAUAGAGCAAUAUGAUUGGGAGGAAAAUGUGUGGAGAGAAUUGGAAACCCUCCCUAAAAUACUUGAGUAUGUUCAGGCCACAGUAUGGAGUGAUCGAAUUUUCUUAUGCGGAUAUGAGACAGCCCUUUCUUUGUAUCCCAAGUUUUAUAUGCAUAAACUUGAAGCAGUUCUCUCUGACAGGUGGAUUUCUCUCGAUGAACCGAAAUUUUUAGAGGAAAUUAUUGUCAAAUCUGUUGUCACAAUAGAAAUUUAA